AUGGCCAGAUUUGAUCCAUCGAUGCUGAAGGUCGAAGACUGUCAAGAUGCCGAUACCCUGAAUGCGCUCUUAUCUCUCCUGCUCGAGCCCACACCGGAACUACGAUCCCAUCUGGUCCCUUCUGUCCUUCUCCGCUUGACUGCGCGGGAGAAUCCUCCUUCGACAUUUGGAGAGAUCGUAAGCUUGUGUCAAGAAGUAGUGAGCGAGUGGGAAUGGAAAGAUAAAGGGGCAUUCAUCAAUGGUCAUCCGAUGAUUGGAGAGGUCAAAGGGGGUUUGAGUGGGCAAGAGCAGGGCGGAGGACCAGCAACGAGGCCGGUGGUGUUGAAAAGACUAGCUCACCUCAAUGAGCUCUAUUGCACCCUUUACCCGGGCUUACGGUACAUAACUUUUGUCAAUGGGCGUCCAAGAACAGCCAUCGUCCCCGAGAUGGAGGAGAACAUGGGUCUCACAGUCUCUCCAGAGCCAUUACCGGACGAUUCAGCUGUAGAUCGACCAGCGGUCGAUUCUCCCGAAAUCCAAGAAAGGGUACGAGAUCCCGAUAGCCCGGAAUGGAGAAAUGAGUGUUCUAGAGCCAUGACAGAUGUGUUCUUGAUAGCUAGGGCUAGGUUGAAGAGUUUGAAUCUGGAAUGA